UUAGGUUAUGUUUUGCCGCAGUGAAGGAAAAAACGAGAGGAAAAAAAAUGUCGGCGAAAAUUGGAGGUGUCAAUUAAUUGUCUCUCUUUCUUGGUGUUGGAAAAUGGAGUGUAUUCUCUCUACCGUGUGUGGGCGUGAGUGAAAGAGAACAAGUUGUGUGUGCGGAAAUAAAAAAAAGAAAAAGGUAAAAUAUACAGAAAAAGAAAGAGAGGGGGCGAGUGUAGUGUGGAGGCGCUUCUGUAUUCGUUGAAGAACGGAACAGCGGUGGAUGACGGGUGGUGUUGGUGAUUCAGAUCAGGAUCUUGUCCAGGACGAGAUUUUCCCAGGGAUUGCCGCACGGUGAUGAUGAUUUGUCGUUAAAUAAACGAUUAAAAUCGAAAUAUUCGUCGGCUCGGGUAAUAAUAGAGUGAGAAGAAAAAAUAAGGAGUUUAACCAACGAGAAUAAAAAGAAAGUGCCGCGUGCAGUUUUUGUGUUUUGCGUCCCGUGUAUUUUUCUUUUUGAUUUUUUAUUUCUCCUUUUGUGCGUGUCUGAAGCGGCCCGGCUACGACAUUGACCUGUGCCUGCUUCAGUCAUUUGAAAGAGAGAGAGAAAAAGAUUUACUGGAGGAGCAGUGUGAUUAAUUUUCAUCGUUCCCCUCCCCCCUCCACCUUCUUCUCAUGUCUUCUGUCAAUUGCCAAAGGUCUCACUUCCGUGUCCCAUUGCACAUCAUCACCAGGUGUUUGAAUGAAUUUCAGGCUUCGCGGAAAGAAGAAGUACCUGGUGAAAUUUGAGUUCGAUAAUAAUAAUAUUACCUUUUGACAUAUUAUAUACAUAUACACACGACGUCCGAGGCACAAGAGCUUCAAAAGGGAAAAAAAAAGCGACGGGCUGUGAUUUCCAACCAAGUUGUGAUUCAAGUUUUUAAUAUAUUGUUUUUUGUGAGUGUGUUUUUUUUAGUACUAUUUGAUAUAAUGAGAAGAUCAUCAGAUUGUUAUUGUUGAAAUUCGGGUUUUCUUUUUCUCUUUUUUUUUGCCGAAAAACACGUGAGAGUAAAAUUUUGUUCUCACGAGUUCCGAGGGAAAAUAGUGGAAGAUUUACUUUGUAGAAUUUAGAUAUUCAUUCACGCUGUUAAAGCGUUGGAAGUAAACGAGUGCCUAAGUAAAUCAGUAGCAACGCAGCGACGGAGGGCAGAUCAGCAACCCGGGUACGGGAUCAGGAGCGGCGUCAUGUCCGACGACGAAGACAAACCCCCUGCACCUCCAGUGCGACUCACCUCAAACAGAGGUGAGUCCACGCCUAAUUUACCAGUGGACAUGCGACCAUUGCCAAAAGAACCUGAUUCAGAGGAACGCAAGAAAAAGACUUUGAAAAGCAAGAUGAAGGUGAAGGAGAAUAAGCCUAACAUUAGUUAUCCAACUAAUUUCGAGCACACAGUUCAUGUUGGAUUUGACGCAGUGACCGGUGAAUUUACGGGGAUGCCGGAAGCAUGGGCAAGGCUGCUGAUGUCCAGCAACAUCAGCAAGCAAGAGCAAAAGAAAAAUCCUCAAGCUGUUCUCGAUGUUCUCAAUUGGUAUGACAACAGCAGUAAAGAAGCGAAAGGCUCUAAAUUCAUGACAACGACGAAAAUGGUUGGAGUUGUUGCGCCUAUAGAAAGAGCCAGCAGUCCUCGGAAUAUUGGUGUAAGCAUUGGAGUUGGAAUAGGAAACAUGCGUGGACAAGCGAUGUCACAGGCUUCCGGAAGUUCACAUUCACAACAUUCACUCAGCAGAGUAAGCAGUAGUAGUCCGAGUAGUACGCCAACAGAUGCUUGUGCCACAAGUUCUGAACAGGAAGACGAACCACCACCGCCGCCAAUUUCCGCCCGACCUGAACGCACGAAAUCAAUCUAUACAAAACCAAUCGAGGAAGAACCACUUCCGCCACUUCCAACGUCGCUUGGAUCACCUCAAAGAAAUGGAACUCCGCAGCAACAACCAACACAGCAGCAGCAGCAACAGCAACAACAACAGCAGCAGCAACAACAACAGCAAAAUUCGGCUCAACUCGAUAAAAAUAAAAAUCAAGCAACGCCAAUUGAUCAGUCGCGACCAACUCAAAGUGAAAAGGCGCGUAAAAAGAAAAUGUCAGACGAUGAGACACUGGAGAAAUUGCGAACAAUUGUAAGUGUUGGUGAUCCAAUAAAGAAAUAUACGAAAAUGGAGAAGAUCGGUCAGGGCGCAUCGGGCACUGUUUACACGGCAAUUGAAACAUCGACCGGAAUGGAAGUGGCAAUUAAGCAAAUGAAUCUUUCGCAGCAGCCAAAGAAGGAGCUUAUUAUUAAUGAAAUAUUAGUGAUGCGGGAGAAUAAACAUCCAAAUGUUGUGAAUUAUUUGGACAGCUAUCUUGUUGGUGAGGAAUUGUGGGUUGUCAUGGAAUAUUUACCUGGCGGUAGUUUAACUGACGUUGUCACUGAGACAUGCAUGGACGAGGGACAAAUUGCCGCUGUUUGUCGUGAAGUAUUGCAAGCAUUGGAAUUUCUUCAUUGCAAUCAAGUUAUUCACAGGGACAUUAAAUCGGAUAAUAUUCUUCUUGGUUUGGAUGGCGGUGUUAAAUUAACGGAUUUUGGCUUUUGCGCACAGAUCUCGCCUGAACAGAGUAAAAGAACGACAAUGGUGGGCACGCCAUAUUGGAUGGCACCGGAAGUGGUCACCCGAAAGCAAUACGGUCCCAAGGUCGACAUAUGGUCCUUGGGGAUAAUGGCUAUCGAAAUGAUAGAAGGAGAGCCGCCGUAUUUAAAUGAAAAUCCUUUAAAAGCACUUUAUUUAAUCGCGACAAACGGCAAACCAGAAAUUAAGGAGAAGGAGAAGCUGUCCGGCAUUUUCCAAGACUUUUUAGACCAAUGUUUGGAAGUUGAAGUGGAAAGACGCUCAUCAGCCUCGGAACUUCUCAAGCAUCCGUUUUUGAAAUUAGCAAGGCCGUUGGCCUCAUUAACGCCACUAAUAAUGGCGGCUAAGGAAGCAGCAAAAGGUCAUUAGGAGAUUAAAAUUUUCGACUGGCAAGCAUAGUUCGAGAGUGAGACGUCAUCAGUAAAAAAUUAAAAAAAAAUAAUGAAUUACCCUCCCAAACGGUAACGGCACAAUAAUUCAAUAAUUUAUAACGAUUAAUGAAUAUCAUAUAUAAAUAUAAAUAUAUAAAUAUAUUAUAUAAGUAUAUUAGAUAGAACUUCGAAUACCAUUUGGUAUCGAGAAGCAGUUAAAAAACAAAUUGGAACGUUCAAAUCUCUUGAGUUAUGAAAACUAUACGCCAACUUAAGCCCGUCUAUAAAUUAAGAGAAUUAAAAUUUUUUUAAUUUUCUUCGAACAAUUAAUUUUAUUAAUUGAAAAUUAAUUCAAUUAAUUACUAACUAAAUAAUUAGUUAAAUCUAAUUUAAUUGGACAAUUUUUUUUCGUCAGGGCAUUUGAUUCUUAUAGGGCCCAUUUAAUGCUGUAAAUAAUUAAAAAAUUUAAAUAGCGAAAUCCAUUUAAUAUAUUUUAUAAUAUUAUACUAAAAAUUUAUAAUAUAUGAAAAUAUUACAAUAAUUAAUAUAAUAUUAUAAU